AUGAAUGGUCAAGCUCUGCAUGGAAUAAUCACUGAUCAAGAUAGGACAUUGCAAAAUGAAAUUCAGAUAAUUUUCCCUAAUACGAAACAUAGAUGGUGUUUGUGGCACAUAUUGAAAAAGUUGCCAGAAAAGUUUGGAUAUCAUGUGGACAAGUCUUCGAUAUUUUCGGCCAUACACGUAUUGGUCUACGAUUCACAAUCUGUUGAAGAAUUUGACGAAGGUUGGAAAUCGAUGCUUGAUACAUAUGACUUAAGUGAAAAUGCUUGGUUGUCCGGAUUGUAUGAAAAUAGAGGACGUUGGGUGCCAUGUUUCUUAAAAACAAUUUUUUGGCUGUACAAACGAGCACUGUGGAGUAAGGUUGAGAAGGAAUUUCAGGCCGAUUUCAAGUUUUUCUCUCAAAUGCUCCCGUGUGCAACAACUUAUGAAAUGGAAAAGCAAUAUCAGGCAUUGUACACACUUUCGAAGUUCAGGGAAGUUCAAGUCGAAUUCACAGGGAAGGUUUACUGUGACCUCAUGUCUGUUUUAGAAGGACAUAUGGGGACGAUGCACGAGGGUAUAAUGUGUAGGCAUGCAAUCGUGAUAUUGAUACGUAAUGAAGUGAGUGUGAUGCCAGAUCGCUAUAUACUACGUAGGUGGAGGCGAGACAUCAGUAGAGCACACACAAGGGUUGCUGUUAAUUACGACAGUUUGGUUAGUACUCCUACACAGUUGAGAUAUGAUGAGAUGUGUAAGACAUUUGCCUCGACAGUGGACCUUGCAGCAAAUGACGAAGGGAGGCAGUGCCAUUGUGAAAGAUUCGAUACCGUUGAAGAAAAAAGGAGCCCCGAGGACAAAACAGAGAAAAGGGAAAUUGGAAGCGAACGCUACCAUAUCAAAGGUAUACUCGUGCGAUCAAGUAACGCAAAAGAAAAGAGACCAACCCCGAGGAAUAGUUGUAUCCCGGAUGGUGUGGCCGAGGUUUCGCAACCACCUGAGCAGCAAUGCUCAAUGCCAAUGCUGAUGCCAAUGUUGUUCUCGUUUUCACAACUACUGCUGGUAGUAAAUCUACAUACCAAUAAAGUUGUGAGGAUCCUACUCUUCUGUGAUGUGCUUUCAAGAAACACCGAAUUUAUUUGUUCAACAUUUAGUCAAAAAGAAAGUUUUAUUCGGAGAGAACCUGAGGAACCAGAAGAUGCAACAAAAGGCAGAGAUGUGUUAAAUGAAAAGCCACCUGCUGAUGAACUCUUGUCUGUAUCAGAUAUAGCAAAAACUGUGACAACAUCUCUUCCUGAUAAUAUCAUAAGUGGUUUUCCUUCUUGUUUCCCCCUUUUAUUGGUAGUACAAACAUGA